UGGUCGAGCAAACGAUUGAUUUUGUCGUCUCCACUCAUUCGGGAGCUACAUUGUUGCAAGAAUAGCACAGCACAGUAUAGUCUCUUUAGCUAUAUCCUUGGUUGAACGGUUUUAGCAUUGUUUGCUUGGACGUAAUGUUUGCUUCCUGUUACUAUCCGCCAAUGGCUUUUUAGUUUAUAUUGGUAAAAUUAGGCUAAAUGUUCCGUGUAUGAAGACAGCAGACAACUUUCGUGGCUCAAUUGGAAGAUAUAUUGUUUUCAUAAAUACGUCAACAUGUCAAGCGAGCAGGUGUUCAGCUGGACGGUAGUAGUCCUGACCUGUCAACAUAAAGAUAGCGUUUACGCCUUUCAAAGAGAGCUGGAGGUCCGGCAGCAGCGUGGAGAUCUCUUACAGGGGACGUUACUGCUCACUGUGUCAGACCCCCAGGAGCCUGGACUGGGCAGUGGGGGAGCCACUCUCAAUGCACUGCUGGUGGCAGCCGAGCACCUGAGUGCCAGAGCUGGAUACACUGUUGUGACCACGGAUGUCCUUGAUGAUGCCCGUAUCCUGAUCUUGCACACGGGACGUGACUUUCCCUGGGAUAGCUGUGGCAGGGCCUUCUGCUGGCUGCCUGUGGAAAAGCCAGCUCAGACUGUGCAGGGACCUGUCUGCUGCCUGGAUAUGCUGCUUGACUGCCUUUCCAAUCAGGUGUGCCCUGGUUCUCCCCCGGGCGUUUGGGUGUGCAGCACUGACAUGAUCCUGACCAUGCCGACUACCUUCAAAAUGUCAUGGGAGGGUUUUUCUGGGGUCCGUGUGUUGGCACUACCUGGUGAUGUCUCUUACGCCGCCAAUCAUGGAGUCUACUUUGCUGAUGAGCAGGGUAGAGUACGUGACAUCAUCUACAAGGGGUCAGAGGAGCGGAUUCGCCGAGCCGCACAGCCUGAUGGGAUGGUGCCACUGGUGUCAGGGCCUGUGUUCUUCUGCAGGAGGGUACUAGAGCGAUUGCUGAAGGCCCAUGUUACCCCUCCCCUUGACGGCUGCACGUACAUGGGUAUGGACUCUGGGGCACCACCCCUUCGGAUCUCCCUCUUCCUGGAUUUGUUGAUGUGUCUUUGCUCAGACCUGAGCGAGUCAGAGUUUGUGAAUGGGGAGAGGACGGGCUGCAGUUCCCCCAUCAGUCAACAGGGAGCAGUAGUGAAGAGCGCACGGGCCUUGCUAUGGAGGAUACUGAGAGGCACCACUCUCCAUAUGGUUUACGUUCCUGGCGGUUGCUACGACUACCUGACUCUGUCUGGUAGAGAGCACAUUGGCCGCCUGACAAAGAAGGGGACAGAAAGCAACACUCUGUCACACAUACAGAAUACUCAGUGUGUGAGUGCUGGAGGCAGGGUGAUCAACAGUGUUCUGGAGGGGGACGUCAGUGUUGCGUCAGGAGCAGUAAUCCAGCACUGCCACCUUCAGGGCCCAGUGGCAGUGCAUUCAGGUUGUUUACUAUCAGGCCUGCCUGAGGAUCUGUGGGGGUCCGGGAGGUGCCAGUCCCUCAUGGAGGCCCGCCUGUUCCCAGUCUUCCAGCCGCGGGGGGGUGCGGUGGGGCUGGAGGUGGGGGUGUGCUGGCUGUUGGGUGGGCCGGGGGCACUGGAGCAGUGGAGGGCCGCGUGGAGGCUCUCUCUCCGAGAGGUCCUUUCCCUUACUGACCAGGAGGGGGAGCUGCGCUGGAGGGAGGCGCUGUUCUUCCAGGUGGGGAAGAGGAGAGUGAUGGACAACUUGAAGAGCCAGAGCGAUCGUGGGUUGUUGCCCAGCUUCAGGGCUGCCGUGCUUGGAGGCCAGCAUGAGGAGCUCCUCUGCACACUAGACUCCAUAAUCUUGUGUGCUCCAGUUGCAGCGGGCAGCAGGGAGAACCUGGGAGUGGCGGCCCGCUGCCUGGCCUGUAUAGCUGACGUGUUGGCCUGCCUGGCCGGGGAGGGCCGAGGGGGGCUGAGGAGCGGGCCGGCUGCUAACCCCACCUGGAGCCAUGCCUUCUCCAUCCUGGAGCAGGGAGACCUGCUGGGUGGAGUCCAGGCCCUGGCCACCGAGAGAGCCAAAUGGCUCAGCAGGCCAGACCUGCUGGUGCGUGCUGCACGGCACUAUGAGGCGGCCGGGCAGGUGCUGCUACGACAGGCUGUGAUGUUAUCACAGAGAUUUAUCUCCAUUGGUCAAGGUGAGGUCCCGCCCCUUGGGGAAUGGCAAGAUGUGGAGUGUCCUGCCAGACUGGACCUCUCAGGUGGCUGGAGCGACACUCCGCCCAUUGCCUUUGAACAUGGGGGCGCAGUGGUCAACGUGGCGGUGAAGGUCGACGGGAGACGGCCCAUUGGUGCCCGAGCUCGUCGCAUCAAAGAGCCCUGUCUGCUAUUGGUCAGUUCCAGCGGAGUACAGGAUGAUGCUAUCGCCAUGGCGACAGUUUGCGAGAGGCUGGAGGAUCUGAAAGACCACUGUGUGCCAUAUGCACCUGCUGCCCUGUUGAAGGCCGUGUGUGUAUGCAGUGGCCUGGUUACCUAUCCCUCUCGGCAGUCCCUGGAUGAGCAGCUCCUGCAGCGCUGGGGCGGAGGGGUGGAGAUCCACACCUGGUCCCUCCUUCCGCACGGUUCAGGACUGGGUACCAGUAGUAUCUUGGCGGGAGCGGUGCUGGCAGCCGUAUACAGAUGCACGGGGCGAACCUACGACACAGACUCCCUCAUUCACGCUGUUCUCCACCUGGAGCAGAUGCUGACCACUGGUGGUGGUUGGCAGGACCAGGUCGGAGGCUUGGUGGGGGGAGUAAAGGUGGCGCGCUCCAAAGCCUGUCUCCCCCUCCGGGUGGAAGUGGAACGUCUCCCUCUCUCCGACGACUUUCUGCUCUCACUGCAACAGCACCUCCUGCUGGUCUACACCGGCAAGACUCGGCUUGCGCGAAACUUGCUGCAGGACACGGUGCGGCGCUGGUACAGCCGUGUGCCCUCCAUCGUGGAGAACGCCGGGCAGCUAGUGGACAACGCAGAAGAGUGUGCCCGCGCCUGUACAGAAGGCUCUCUCCCCAGGCUGGGGGCUUGUCUGGAGCGUUACUGGGGCCAGAAGAAGGUGAUGGCUCCGGGGUGUGAGCCGGCAGCUGUGCGGACCAUGAUGGAUGCCCUGCGCCCGCUGGCCCUGGGACAGACUCUGGCUGGGGCGGGUGGAGGGGGCUUCCUCUACCUGCUGACCCGCCAGCCGCAGCAGGGGGAGGCAGUGCGUCAGGUCCUCAACAACACACAAGGCCUCCGAGAUUUCAGUGUCCAUCUAGUUGAGCUGGACAUGGACGGCAUCACACUGCUGAAGUCUUCCUGAGACAGACAGAUGGACGUCUGGACCCUAAGCCAUUUUUAUACACAUUUCUAACUACUUUUAUGAUCUAUUGGGGGACGGUUACUGUUAGGACAUAUCACAGGAGGUUGGUGGCACCAUAAUUGUGGAGGGCGGGCUCGUGCUAAUGGUUGGAGCAGAAUGAAUGGUAUUAAAUAUCAGACACAUGGUUUCCAGGUGCUUGAUGCCAUUCCAUUUGCUCCCUUCCAGCCAUUAUUAUGAACCGUUCUCUCCUCAGCAGCCUCCACUGGGACAUAUACACCUUUCAAACCGAGACAUUUUUCCACCAACUUUAUGCAGACUUCUCUCUAUAUAAGAAAGGUAUUGCCUGGGAUAAAGCCUAUAUGUUUAUUUCUGCCAACCGACCUACGGUAAAGUUCUGCCUACGGCUUAGUAGGAAAUGUAGCCAUAAAAUCCUGAGGCGGAAUUGGCACGCACUACGCUCUUAAGCUCUUGAUGGUUGCUAGACAGCUGCCAUUACUACUAUCAUCCUGGCAGUUAGAAACUUUGCUUUGUUAGGGAGCAGGCGUAGGAUUUUACAUUGAGAGUAUCUUCAUCAUGACACCGAUAGAGAACAAUAGCAACCUGUAUUUUCAAAAGCAUUGGAGUCUCGUGUUCCUACUGUGUGUGAUCAGUGCUAAUACAUGAGCCAACUAGACAAGACGAUCAUGAGCAGCACUCACCUCAAAUGUAGGCCUAUUAUAACAAUUGGAUGACUUUGCGAUGUUUAAGUAAACAAUAAUUUGAUGCCUUCAAUUGAAUUAGCCUACUUUAUUCCAAUAUUUUCAUCAUUCAGUGAUAUUUGUUUCCACAGUUGUGGUUAAGAAAAUAGUGCAUGUGGUGGGCUAUGCGAAGAGAUGGGUGAAGUGACAUGCCUCGCAAAGUGAGGGUUGGAAAGAGGUGACACGGAGAUUUAAAAAAUUUAUAAUCGGGUUUAAUUUGGGCUCUGUUAAAUAUUUUUUUUAUGUUGCAAGUUGUGUGGGAUAUUCUUUGUAUUUUAUUCUGAGCCUACUGUAAAAUGUGUGACUGUCUUUUCUGUUUAAUAAACAAAAUAAAUAUCUAUUUCAUGUGCAUGCUACAACCAUAGAGGCUGCACAGAUCAGUAACACAAUUAAACAAAAUGUGAAAUUCUA